AUGCAGGGGUCACCAAAUGGCCCAAAUCCCCUGUUUCCUCUCCUAAUUCUUGCCGGCCUAACAUGUAGCAGCAACUAUUUCACAACUCCGGUGGCCGGAAAUACGGAGCUGAGGGCGUUAAUGGAGAUCAAGUCGUCUUUGGAUCCGGCGAACAAGUGCCUGUCGUCGUGGGCCGCUGCCGGCGAGCCGUGCAGCGGCUCGUUUGUCGGGGUGGCUUGCAACGAGCACCGCAAAGUGGCCAACAUCUCUCUGCAGGGGAAGGGGCUCGCCGGAAAGUUGACUCCGGCGGUGGCGGAGCUCAAGUGCCUGUCGGGCCUUUACUUGCAUUACAAUUCUCUGCAGGGAGAGAUCCCGGUGGAGAUUGCGAACCUGACCGAGUUAACCGAUCUUUAUCUCAAUUUCAAUAACUUGACUGGGGCUAUACCACCUGAGAUCGGAAAAAUGGCUAGUCUGCAAGUGCUGCAGCUGAGUUACAACCAAUUGACAGGGAACAUGCCUACACAAAUGGGAACCUUAAAAAACCUGAACUUUCUUGCAUUGGAAAGCAAUAGGCUAACAGGGCAAAUCCCUUCAAGCUUAGGAAAUUUGAGGUCCUUGAAAAGCUUGCACUUGGGCUCGAAUCAACUCUCCGGCCGAAUUCCUUACACACUGGCCAAUAGCACCUCACUUGAACUCCUUGAUGUCAAAAACAACAAACUUUCUGGACUCAUCCCUCCUGGUCUGAAGAGGAGAAAUAUCGAUUUCCAGUUCGAAAACAACUCGGGCCUGUGUGGGUCUGGCUUCCCCGCGCUCAGAGCCUGCACCUCGCUCGACAGCAACCUCGACCUCAACGUGAACUCCUUCCCAUCUGGCCACACGGGCAAUCACCAAUCGGCUGCCUUCGCCAUGACCUGCAACGAGACCAUCUGUUCGGAGACCCCUUCAAAGCUUCCAAAGAUCGGGCUCGUCUCGGGCCUGAUCGCCACCUCGUUCGGGCUGGCGGUGGCUGCUUCCGUCGCUUUUUUCCGGCAACGCCGCCGGAAACAGAAGGUCGCUGACAAAUCGGACACGUCCAAUGGGGACACGGCGAAAGAGUUCCACGACCGGAGCCCAUCCUCACUCGACCGCUGCCCAAACGUGUGGGAACCGGUGGGCCCGGACGGAAGAGACUCGUUCGACGGCCGGUCCCUGCAAGGCUCGAUAUUCAACCUCGAGGAGGAUGGGUCGAUUGUGGCUGUUAAGUGCAUUGGGAAGACGAGCUGUAAGUCGGAGGAGGACGAGUUCUUGAGAGGGCUCGGCCUGUUGAAUUCGCUCAAGCACGAGAACCUGGUGGAGCUCAAAGGGUUCUGCCGAUCCAAGGCUCGAGGGGAGUGUUUCUUGAUUUACGACUUUGCCCCCGGGGGUAAUUUGUCGAGCUAUCUCGACCGGGAUGGGGUUGGUGUGCUUGAUUGGAAGACCAGGGUUUCUAUCAUCCAUGGCAUUGCCAAAGGUGUGCUGUAUCUGCACAGCAACCAGACGAAUAAGCCACCGAUCAUCCACCAAAACAUCUCGGUCGCAAAAGUCCUGCUCGACCAGAACCUGAGCCCGUUGAUUCUGGAUGCGGGCCUUCACGGGCUUCUUGCAAACGAUGUUGUCUACUCGGCCCUCAAAGUCAGUGCCGCAUUGGGCUACAUGGCCCCCGAGUACAUCACCACGGGUAGGUUCACAGAAAAAAGUGACGUGUACGCGUACGGAGUCAUCAUUUCCCAGUUAUUGUGUGGCAAGACGAUGCUCCCGGGGCCCACACGGGCAGCGGCUGAGGCUGGAAAAUUGGAGGAGUUUAUGGACCCAAAGCUAGAAGGUGAUUUUCUGGAAAUCGAGGCCCAACUGCUGACGAGGAUUGCCUUGGACUGCACGAAUGAGAAUCCAGAGAGUAGGCCAAGCAUGGCGUUGGUAGAGCAGGAGCUCAAAAGCGGUAUGAAGAGUGGCUAG